CGCACCCACAUCCUCCACCAAAUCAGCACCAUAAUCCCCUCCACCCUCCCUCCAGAACUCACCAACACAGACACCAACACAAGAACCAGCACAAUCCGAAUCCUCGGCGACAUUCCCAACAGCAUCCUCAACCCCACCGACUACCUCUCAUCCAUGUACCCCUUCAUGUCGGAGACCUCCAAAUCCCUACAACAACUGCGUCCCAACAACCAAACCCUCUUCAUCGCCGCCAAAAUCUGCCGCGGGAAGCACUCCUACUUUCUCCUCGACCUCAACAACACCAGCUAUGACUAUGACACCGCCCAUGACUGCAAGACAUUAAUCCCCGUC